CGGACAUUCACUGUGUUCCCUAUCGUUAUCGAAAGCUUUGCCGGUUUAUUUACAUUUCGGUGCAUUGAAGCAAAUGUUUUGAAAAACCUCGAUUCCCGUGUUUUGGCGCACAGCAGCAGCACAAAAAGUGUCCUGAUUCCUCAGCCAUGUGUGCAAAAAGCCGAGUCCCAGCUCCUGGGAACGGAGGCUCCAGCCUGUGUUCCGAAGGCCGCAUCAGUGUAUAUUGCUUUGUAAUCACCGCAGCUCUAGUCCUGAUCCCCUCGGUGCCCCAGAUCCUUUAUGGGAUGGUGCCACAGGUUUGGGGUGCCGUGCUCUGGGGUCCAUUUCUUUACUACGCCCUGAUUAACAUGAUUAUACGGUUUGUGCUCAGGAACCACGACUACCAGGUGGCCAUUAGGGCGUCCUUCCUGGGCUUUGCCAUGGCCGUAAGUGUGCUGGUCAUCUGUUUUGCUCCCACCGAGUGGCAGCAAUUUGGCGUCUACGGCUGCUUCAUGUCCCUCUUCCACUACUCGGAGUUCCUCGUGAUCGCAUUUGCUAAUCCUCGCACUCUCAGUCUCGACUCCUUCAUGCUGAAUCACUCCGUGCACUACGGACUGGCUGCGGCAGCCAGCUGGAUCGAGUUCUCACUAGAGGUGUACUUCCUGCCCCAGUUCAAGAGAUACGGAUACAUAUGGCUGGCGGGCGUGGUCCUGUGCUCGCUGGGCGAAGUGGUUCGCAAGGCAGCCAUCAUUACAGCUGGUCGGAGCUUCACUCACUUGGUCCAGAAUGAGAAACACUCGGAUCACAGACUGAUAACAAGCGGGAUAUACGCCUACUGCCGUCACCCGUCAUAUGUCGGGUGGUUUUGGUGGUCCAUCGGAACCCAGAUCCUGCUGUUGAAUCCCAUCUGCAUCUGCAUUUACACACUGGUCAGUUGGCUGUUCUUCCACGACCGCAUCUACGUCGAGGAGUACUCCCUGCUCAACUUCUUCCAGUCGGACUAUGUGCGCUAUCAGAAGCGGGUACCAACGGGCCUGCCCUUCAUCCGGGGCUAUCUGGUCGAUUAGUGCCACCGAUCAGGGGUUCAAUGUCACAAGUCGCCAUGGCGAACAACAAAAUUCUAUUAUAGGUUUAGGUAUACAAGGUACACAACAGUUCUUUUUUGUAUAGCAAAAAAAAAGAUGUACGAGCACAUUGUUUUUUCAAAAUAAGUUUUCUAACACUUAGCAUAUUGUUUUGUAUUCAUAAACUAGUCAAAGCAUGUUGCUGAUAAUCUAAUCUUUUUUGGGUUGAUUGUGAAUUUAUGGGUGGUAUUACCAACUACGUGUAACAGCUGCGUGUUUCCAUAGAUUAUUUGAUAUUUAACUUUUAUAUCUAAUGUUGCAGAUAAUCUUAUCUGGUUUUAUAUACAAUGUGUAAAGGCUGUUAUACAAGAAUUUUCUGAAUCACUCAUAAAGGAAUCUAAUUGUA